AUGAUCUGCACUAGCCCUACCAAAAGAGCUCGUAUCUGCCACAUGAAGGCCUCCGGAGCCUCAAAUUCAGAGGUUGCUGCCCAGAUUGGAGUCACAUGGUCCACUGUGUCCAAGAUCUACCGAUGGUACCAAGGCACUACUGAUUACUGUGCUGUAGGGAUUAAGACGGGUCGGCCCUGCAAGUUCACACUUAGGGACACCCGGUUUGCGGCCUGGCAGCUGGCCAACACGACCACACACAAUGUGGCUGACCUCAAAAGGCAGCAUUUCCCGGACGUUAGUGCUGAAACAAUCUGCCGACGCAUGCGGGAGAUAGGCCUGAUGGCUCGCGUGAGGCACAAGAAGCCCCUGCUCACCCCAGCGCAUUGCCAGAAGCAGUUGGAACGGGCCCUGGCCCACCAGGAUUGGACAGUGGAUGAUUGGAAGGGCAUC